AUGCUUGAAGAGACCGAAAAAAGAGUUGCGGCUGCCACCAAGACUUUGGCUGAACCCGUGGGUGCCCCCGAGUCCGACAUUAUCAAGGAGUUCAAGUCGCAUGGAACGGUUGACCAUGUAGAAGACGGCAAAGCAAACGGAAAAUACGGUAAAUAUCGCGCUGCCGGACUCUCGGAAGACGAUGCUGCAUUUCUAGCAGGCUUCAGCCCCGCGCAGGAGAGAUCCAUCUACCGCAAGAUCGACUUUCGAGUCGUGCCUUUACUGUCACUGCUCUAUCUGAUUUCGCACCUCGACCGAGCCAACAUCGGCAACGCCAAGAUUGAGGGGCUCGAGAAGAGUUUGGGCAUGACUGGCUCCGACUACAAUGUCGCCGUGUCCGUCUUCUUCAUUCCUUAUAUCCUCUGUGAAGUGCCUAGUAACAUAAUACUGGCCAAAUUCAAACGGCCUAGCCUCUACGUCGGAAUGAUUGUCGUCGCUUGGGGGACCGUCGUCACCUUCACUGGCUUAGUACAGAACCUCGCCGGCAUCUGCGUCACCCGGUUCCUCGUGGGCAUGUUCGAGGCUGGUUUCUUCCCGGGCAGCAUCUGGCUGAUCUCGCAGUGGUAUCCACCCCAAAAGACCCAGGCCCGCACCGCCAUCUUCUACCUAUCCAGCGCCGCGUCGGGGGCUUUUUCUGGCCUGCUGGCGGCUGCUAUUGCACAGAUGGACGGAGUCGGGGGCUAUGAGGGGUGGCGAUGGAUAUUCAUUUUAGAGGGGAUUUUGUCCGUCACCUUCGGUGUUGCGGCAUUGCUUUUCCUUCCCGACACACCGGCGCUUUCUGGGAGAUGGCUCAAGCCGGAGGAACAACGUUUCCUCAACCUAAUGCACUGGGCGACUCGCGGGGACAACAAGCAGGAGGUCGACGAAGGGCGCAAGAAGACACCCUUUCGGUGGUCCAUACUCAAGCAAGUUGUUACAGACCCUCACCUAUACCUCCAAGCCCUGGUGCAGGCUUCGAACACGGUCCCCAACAACGGUCUCAAGUUCACCAUGCCGCAGAUCAUUCGCAACAUGGGCUUCACUUCCACCCGUGCCCAGCUCUUGAGCGCGCCACCCUAUUUCAGCGGGGCCAUCGCCGCCGUCAUUUCCUCGAUAUGGGCGGACAGGCAUUCACGCCGCAUGCCGCCCAUUCUCCUUUUCCAAGGCCUGGUAAUCAUCGCCAUGGCCGUCCUCUUUAGGUAUGCGUCGAAUAUCGACACGCAGGUCGCGCUCUGCUACUCUAUGGUUGUGCUGGCCUGCAUUGGUGUGUACCCCAUCGUGCCGGGUGUCAACGCCUGGACCAUCAACAAUCUCGCCGGCCCCGAGAAGAGGUCUAUGGGCAUCGCCUUUGUGGUGACCAUGACCAACAUCGGCGGUUUCGUAGGCAGCUGGACUUUCCUUGACAAUGAGGCCCCUGAGUAUCCCACCGGGUUCGGCACAUCACUGGCCUUCGCCGCCGCGGGAAUGGGCGCUGCCUUGCUGGUGGAAUAUCUUUACAUGCGGCAUAACAAGAGAUGGGAAGGCGUCUCCAGGGAGCACAUCGAGUCCACGUAUACCCCCGAGCAGUUGGACAAGAUGGGCGAUCGGUCUCCGCUCUUUAGGUAUGGUCUCUAG